CCCCCCCUGGCCGUCCAGUUUUUGACACCAGGACGUGAAGGGCAUGUCGCCAUGCAGGCGGCCCGUGCGCGCGGGUCCAGUUCUGGACAAUUACGACCGACCGUCUGGUCGUUUUCGUUGCCAAGCCCGCGGGUCCAAGCCUUGCCCAAGCUUUGUGCCAAGGGUUGGCGAAGCAGGAUUUCCCACGGGACGGGAGCGAGUCUGGUGAGCGACUUUGUGCGGGAAGGGACAAGACACAGAGAGAGAGACAUAGCUCGCCUUGGCGCAGAUGACAGAGACGCAAGCUUUCUCUUCCCACGCUGUGCCCUAGCCCCCGUGCUUGCGCGUCAUCGACGCUCGACACCACCCAUCGCAAAUGGAUGAUGUGGCAUCAGUGAAAUGGGCGACACGUCUACCUAGAUGCCUCAAUCAAACUGUCAUGAGGUCGCUGCUCAGGACGAGCGUGGUCGCGCACUGCAAAGUAUGUCGGGUGUCAUGAGGCUCAUCACUCCCAGCCAAGGCACCUACCGCUCACAGCUAAUGGUACAAUCGUCGCUGAGCCUGUGCGGAGACUCCCCGGCGACGCUGAACCGACCUGCGACCGAGGCCGACCUAAAGUAAUGUACCCGACCAAAAGGUAGGCUUUUAGAGUUUGCCAGCGCGCCGCGUGGGCUGAUGGUGGCAUCGGAG